AUAGUAAUUUAAAAGCUGCAAUGUAAAAAAUGAGAAGUUCACCCAAAACAUUUUUUGCCACAAUUAAAAGAAGUUUGUCUCCCUUUAAAAGAGGAAAAAGGAGGUCAAGAAGGGUAGUUUAGUUAGUCUUCAGACAUGAAUAAGACACCAUGUCGAAGCCUACGUCAACACUUUCAGCUCCUCAUCCUUAGAUCUACAUGAUGAAGGCUUUGUUGUGUGAAAAAUAUGAGUGAAAGCAGGAGGCUUUAAUUGGGACUUUGCUGUGUAAAUGAUGGCUUCAGCAGCCUAUGUCAGUGAAUUAAUCUCCUUCUGGGAACCAUGAGUUCACCAUGAGGAAAAUAAUCCUAAAAAGUCACCUGUAAACUUUGUUACCUCACACGGAAAAACACCCAAAACAACAAGAUAUGGUUUAGUUCUAAACCGAAGAUUAAACGAGUGGACUGUCGAGGUUUAAUUAACUCGUGAGUUUCUUGGAGGUUAGGUUGUUGAGAAGGGCAGAGAAUAAGCCUUCCUCCUCCUCCUCCUCCUCCUCCUCCGUCAGCAGGACUUUAUAAAUGAGAAAAGUCCAGCUGCUCCCAGUGUGCGCUCCAGUCAGGGUUUCAGAGUGGGUUCAGGAGCAAACGGAGCACCUGAUGAUGCCGUCCUUCGCCUUUUAGAGAUUUUCCACCAUUCAGAGCCAACAUUAGACGUCCUGGACCUUUUAGUUUCACCUCUUAACAUUUGUAGAGUUUUAAUCUUUCGGGUCGCCUCCAUCACCAUGUGUGCCCCCCCUCUGGUGUGGCUGUGCCUGCUGCUGGGCCUCCUGCCUCUGAAGGUCCAGGCCCGGGCUCUGACAGCGCAGAGGGCUCACAGAGACAGAUUAAUCAGAACGUCUGAAUUCCAGAAGCCAUCUGACCCUGACAGCUUCCUGACAGCGUCUGAUCCUCCUGCUGCCACCAGGAACCGAACCCCAGAGCGAGUCUGGAGAGCCCCGCCUCACAAAGACCCUGCGCCAAGGUCGUCCGAACCGUUGCUUUAUGGAAACCGUCGUCUGCAGCUGCAGGCGCCCGUCUGGCAGCGUGCGUCACGGGGCCGCCGUCACGCCAGCGGCAGCGGCGCGAGGGCCCACGGCCACCUGAUGAGGGUGGGGUGCGUCCUGGGCACCUGUCAGGUGCAGAACCUCAGCCAUCGGCUGUACCAGCUGAUCGGACAGAGCGGGAGGGUGGAAUCCUCUCCUCUGAACCUUCACAGCCCUCACAGCUACGGCUGAGAUCACCACCCAACGAUACUUAAAACAUCCAGCUCCUCUGAACCAGCAAUGACCAAAUACGAACUCAUGGCUUUGGUCCUAAUAGAGAUAAUUAUGAGUUCUCACAUCUUAUCAAGUAAUCUGACAUUCAAACAAAUCAGAGGAGAGUCAGUUUGAACAAACCAGUUUGAGUCACGACAUUAUUGACGUUUGUAAUGUUUGACUAAAAGUAGUGAAGUGUUUCUCAAACUUAAACCCUCCUUCCUGUCGAUCCUGCUGCCUGAACGUGCCCGAGCUCUGUGAUAAUCUCCUGAAGGCGCAUUCGUCUCCCUCUGCAAACAAGUCAAUUUAAGAUGUACAAAAACCGAGAUUAGGCGGUCAAACCCAGAUAACCCUUCACCCAGAGGCCCACGGCGCCAAAAUACAACCCUAAUCCAUGAUCUGUCUGCACGCUUCUUAACAAAGUUUCUUAAGUCUUGGGGCGGGCGGAGAGACUGGAACUUUGUUUUCUGGGCUUUAACAGAAACGCUGACUGAUCAGACUCGUUUUUUUCUGCCUUCAAGUUUCUGACAUUUGUUAUUAGAAAUGCAUGAAAGCACUUUAUUGGCCUUUACAUUCAGAAUGACUUGAGUUUGAAACUAUUUUUUGUAAAUGUAUGUUUUUGCUGUAAAUAUCAGACUAUAUUAAACUUAUAUUCCUCUAA